GCCCGCGCUCCUUGGGCACGGAGAGGUCGUUGGGAGGGAAGACGGCGCUUCGGGCUUCUCGCGGCGGCCUCUUCAUCUGCGCGUGCGGGGGGGGGGGCGUCCCCCGCUGCCUGAAAGUGACAGGAGGGCGGCUCUCUUGAGUCGGUUUAAAAGAGGUCUUUUUUUAAAUUAAUAGUAAUAGCAAUAAUAAUAAUAAUAAUAAUAAUAAUAGUAAAAUGUAUUAAAACUUUUCCAUAAUACAAUAAGAUAAAAGAAGAUAUUAUCUGAAUAAAAACGAAAACGGAGAGAAAAGGAAAUGCAGAGGCCUCUCAGAGGCAGCCCUUGUCUCACACAGAAAGUGGUGGACCCUCCCAGCUCUCACCUGGGAGCUCCUUAGAGCGGGGACGGGGCAGGAGGAACGUUAUUGCCUUGUUUACUGGAAAGGAAAGGCCGACCUUUCGAUACUGGGGAGGUUGCCCAUGUCUACAGACAGCCUGGCUGGUUCAGUCCUUUGCCACUUCCAUUGCCAGUAGCCCUGCCCUUGUGGAAGGUGAGCGGACAAAGAUGCUCCCAGUGGUUGUGAUGCUUCCCAUGGUGUGAAGUGAUCUGCCUGGGUAACAUAAUGCCAGCAGAGCAUAAGAAGUCAGCCAGCAUGGAAGAAAAAGAAACAUCAUUAAGUAAUAAAGAUAAGGAGUUCAAUGAGAGGCGGUCAGGUAGCAGCCGGGACAAACCCAAAGAGGAUGUCAGGCUUGGCAUGAAGAGAGAAAUGUUAAAACCACCUGAAGAUAAAAAGAAAAAACUGGAGGAGGAGAAACGGAAAAAAGAAGACAAGGAGCGGAAGAAAAAAGACGAUGAGAAGAUAAAAUCUGAAGAAGAGCAGAAGAAGAAAGAGGAGGAAGAAAAGCAAAAACUUGAAGAGGAGAGAAAAAAGCAGGAAGAAGAAGUAAAGCGGCAACAAGAAGAGGCAGCUGCCCAGCUGAAAGAGAAAGAAGAAGCCCAUCAGCUCCACCAAGAAGCUUGGGAGCGCCACCAAGCAAGAAAGGAACUCCGAAGUAAAAACCAGAAUGCAUCAGACAGCCGCCCUGAAGAGAACUUCUUUAGCAGGCUGGAUUCAAGUCUCAAGAAGAACACUGCCUUUGUUAAGAAGUUAAAAACUAUCACAGAACAGCAGAGAGACUCCUUGUCCCAUGACUUUAAUGGCCUCAAUUUAAGCAAGUACAUUGCGGAGGCUGUUGCUUCUAUAGUGGAAGCAAAAUUGAAAAUAUCAGAUGUGAAUUGCGCUGUGCACUUGUGUUCUCUGUUCCAUCAACGUUAUGCUGAUUUUGCUCCAUCACUACUUCAAGUCUGGAAGAAACAUUUUGAAGCCAGGAAAGAAGAGAAGACAUCCAACAUUACUAAACUAAGAACAGACUUGCGGUUUAUUGCAGAAUUGACAAUAGUUGGGAUUUUCACUGAUAAGGAAGGCUUGUCUUUAAUCUAUGAACAACUAAAAAACAUUAUUAAUGCUGAUCGCGAAUCCCACACCCAUGUCUCAGUGGUUAUUAGCUUUUGUCGGCACUGUGGAGAUGACAUUGCCGGUUUGGUACCAAGGAAGGUUAAAAGUGCAUCAGAUAAAUUUAACUUGAGUUUUCCUCCCAGUGAAAUCAUUAGCCCAGAAAAACAACAGCCUUUCCAAAAUCUGCUGAAAGAAUACUUUACAUCUUUGACCAAACAUCUGAAAAGGGACCACAGGGAACUGCAAAAUAUUGAAAGACAAAACAGGCGUAUUUUGCACUCUAAAGGAGAGUUGAGUGAAGAUCGGCAUAAGCAGUAUGAAGAAUUUGCUAUGUCCUAUCAAAAGCUGUUGGCAAAUUCCCAGUCUUUAGCUGAUCUCCUGGAUGAAAAUAUGCCUGAUCUCCCACAGGAUAAACCAGUGCCUGAAGAACACGGGCCUGGCAUUGACAUUUUUACCCCUGGCAAACCUGGUGAAUAUGAUUUGGAGGGGGGCAUCUGGGAGGAUGAAGAUGCUCGAAACUUCUAUGAGAACCUAAUUGAUUUAAAAGCAUUUGUGCCAGCUAUUUUGUUCAAGGAUAAUGAAAAAUGUUCCCAGAUUAAGGACUCUGGUAAAGAUGAUUCUAGAGAGUUAAAAGAAACUAAGGAAAACAAAGAUGUGUCUGGUACUGAUGAUCUGGAGUUGGACCUGGAGAAUCUGGACAUUAAUGACGAUGCUCUUGAAUUAGACUGUGGUGAUGAAGCAGAAGAUCUCACAAAAAAGCUGCUUGAUGAACAAGGCAAGAAACAGGGAGCAGAUAGCACCGGAGCUGAAAAUAGUGACGGAAAGCAAGCUGCACGAAAACAAGAAGAUGAAGAAGCCAGUACCGGGUCACAUCUGAAACUUAUAGUAGAUGCUUUUCUUCAGCAGCUCCCAAACUGUGUAAAUAGAGACCUAAUAGACAAGGCAGCAAUGGAUUUUUGCAUGAACAUGAAUACAAAAGCAAAUAGGCGGAAGUUGGUUCGUGCUCUCUUCAUAGUUCCUCGUCAAAGGCUGGAUUUGCUACCCUUUUAUGCACGGCUGGUUGGCACAUUACAUCCUUGUAUGUCUGAUGUAGCAGAGGAUCUCUGUUCCAUGCUAAAAGGUGACUUCAGAUUCCAUGUGAGAAAGAAGGACCAGAUCAACAUUGAAACAAAGAAUAAAACUGUGCGAUUCAUUGGCGAACUUACUAAGUUUAAAAUGUUCUCCAAAAGUGACACUCUGCAUUGCUUAAAGAUGCUCUUGUCUGACUUCUCUCAUCACCAUAUUGAAAUGGCAUGUACAUUGUUGGAGACUUGUGGUAGAUUCCUGUUCAGAUCUCCAGAAUCUCAUUUGAGAACUAGUGUCCUUUUGGAACAAAUGAUGCGAAAGAAACAAGCAAUGCACCUGGAUGCACGCUAUGUCACCAUGGUGGAAAAUGCCUACUACUACUGCAAUCCUCCUCCCGCUGAGAAAACAGUGAAAAAGAAACGCCCUCCUCUCCAGGAGUAUAUUCGGAAGCUCCUUUAUAAGGAUCUCUCCAAAGUCACUACUGAGAAGGUCCUGAGACAGAUGCGCAAAUUGCCCUGGCAUGACCCUGAAGUGAAAGACUAUGUGAUAUGCUGUAUGAUCAACAUCUGGAAUGUGAAAUACAAUAGUAUUCACUGUGUAGCCAACCUUUUAGCAGGACUGGUACUUUACCAAGAGGAUGUUGGAAUUCAUGUUGUGGAUGGUGUCCUAGAGGAUAUUCGGCUAGGAAUGGAGGUUAAUCAGCCAAAAUUUAACCAGCGGAGGAUCAGCAGUGCCAAGUUCCUGGGUGAACUGUACAAUUACAGAAUGGUGGAGUCGGCAGUAAUAUUUCGAACUCUGUACUCCUUUACAUCAUUUGGUGUGAAUUCGGAUGGUACAUCUAGCCCACUUGAUCCUCCAGAACAUCUUUUCCGAAUUCGACUGGUGUGCACCAUCCUUGACACCUGUGGGCAAUACUUUGACAGAGGAUCCAGCAAACGGAAACUUGAUUGCUUCUUGGUCUAUUUCCAGAGGUAUGUUUGGUGGAAGAAAAGCCUGGAUGUUUGGACAAAAGAUCACCCGUUCCCUAUAGACAUUGACUAUAUGAUCAGUGAUACAUUAGAAUUAUUGAGACCAAAGAUAAAACUCUGCAAUUCCCUGGAAGAAUCUGUUAGGCAGGUACAAGAACUGGAAAGGGAAUUUUUAAUCAAACUAGGCCUUGUGAAUGACAAGGACUCUAAAGAGUCAAUUACUGAGGGAGAGACCCUUGAGGAAGAUGAGGAGGAAGAAGAAGGUGGAGUCGAGAUAGAAGAGCAAUCUGGAAAUGAAAGUGAAAUAAAUGAGCCAGAGGAGGAGGAGGGCUCUGAUAAUGACGACGAAGAGGGAGAAGAGGAGGAAGAAGAAAAUACUGAUUAUCUCACAGACUCUAAUAAGGAGAAUGAAACUGAUGAAGAAAAUACUGAAGUCAUGAUUAAAGGAGGUGGACUUAAGCGUGUCCCAUGUGCUGAAGAUGAAGACUUCAUUCAGGCAUUGGACAAAAUGAUGCUUGAAAAUUUACAGCAAAGGAGUGGGGAAUCGGUGAAAGUGCAUCAGUUAGACGUUGCAAUUCCUUUGCAUCUCAAGAGCCAGCUGAAGAAGGGUCCGCCUCUGGGUGGUGGGGAAGGAGAGUCUGAAUCUGGAGACACCAUGCCUUUUGUCAUGUUAACGCGAAAAGGCAACAAGCAACAGUUUAAGAUCCUAAAUGUGCCAAUGUCAUCUCAAUUGGCUGCAAAUCACUGGAAUCAACAACAAGCCGAGCAAGAGGAGAGGAUGAGAAUGAAAAAAUUGACAUUGGAUAUCAAUGAACGGCAGGAACAAGAGGACUAUCAAGAGAUGAUGCAAUCCUUGGCUCAGCGGCCAGCUCCAGCAAAUACCAACAGGGAACGGCGGCCUCGUUAUCAGCAUCCAAAGGGAGCACCUAAUGCCGAUCUAAUCUUUAAAACUGGCGGAAGGCGAGAGAGAGGGAACAGACAGCGCCGAAGCUGAGAUUAGUCACGGAAACAGAAAGAAAAGAGACGUUGAUCCAGCAGUAAGCGUCAUUUCAUUAGGUCCUGUAUCUCCAAUGUUGUGGAUUAGUGGAGUCCUCCAGCAAUUAAACGAGAGCAGCGGACACAUCGGAGCAUGUCGGUCUAGAGAGUUCAGAAUCGAAAAUCUGGGACAGGCUGGAGCCAUAGAGCAGAUACACCAGCCUCCACUAAAAACAGAAAUAGCGGAAGCUCCCAGUCACAGCCUACCAAACAAACAAAAAGCAUCUUGUUAUGGAACCAUGUGAGGAUUAAUCUUCUCAUGAGAAUGGAAGCAAAUAAAUGAGAUGGUUAACUUUACCAGUGAGCAAUUCAGUUACAACAAAGCGCAACUUAAAUAAGAUGGAUUACGCUGGAAUGGAGACGGUAUUGAUGGCGAAGUAUGGGGGAAAGCAAACCUAAUAGGAGUGGCAUUUUCUCUGAAUUGGGCAUGUCAUGUCAGGAGAAUAUUAAUCUGGGGCUCCAGUCUGCAUUAGAGAAGUGGUAGAGCAAGAGGUAAUUAUCGUAUAGUAAACCCCAACAUGCAGGGUAAAAUAGACAUCUGAUUUACCCAAACACCAGAUAUUCCACGAGAAAGAUGAUUUUGUUUCAAGGGGGAAACCCUUUCUCUGCAUGUGUUGCGGGAGGGGGAAAGUGAUGAAGGGAGCAGAUCCAGGGAAGUGGGAUGGUCUACUGAAGGUCAGAGUGGAUGGGAAGGUAGAGAGCAUUGACCCAAAGUUGCUUCAAACAGCCUGAGAACGGAUCUAGAGGAGCUCGUUAAAGCACCAUUGAAUACCAAAAUGUGCCAGUCAGCAUGACAGACAGAUGCCGAGAAGUGGAGUUGAACGUUCUGUUGACUUUCAUGGGUUGAUAAGCCUCUGUGUCUAUAUUUUAAAACACAAUGAAAAAUUAGCUGGCAACAAGUAGAAUUUUUAUUUUUCUAAAUGGAAAUGAGGUUUCUGGGUCAGUUUCUGACAAUCUUGUUUGUUAGUAUAGUUCUGGGGAUUUUUUUGUUUGUUUGUUUGCUUUCACGUAGGUCUAGUACAUUCAGUUAAAGAGCACAUCUGUAUGCUAAUAAUUCUGAACUAUUUUAAAAUUCUUUUUACCUCUGUUGAGUUCUGCAUGUAGAAUUUAAAACGAAACUUGUACAACUUGUUACAUUUCACACUUGCGUACACACAGUCAGAAAUGCCGCCCGAUCUUCACCAGCUUCAGAAAACUGAUCUUUGCCGAUGCUGCAAUAAAGUGUUGUAAUUUAGAA